CAUUUAUAUACUGUACUGCCCCCUUUUCCCUCUGCUUAGUGCUUGCCAUUUUUGCCUUCACCAGUCCUCCCUUCUUUUAUCUUCCUUUUUCUUAAGUUUACCAAAACGAGAUAAGCACUCAUGGGGUACUCUUCAAUAUUUUAAGCUAUUUGUAUGUCGUAGUUUAUAUUAUAGUUUUCUCUUCUUUUGCUAUUGUUCUAUUUUAUGUUUCUUUUUGUUGACGCUUCUGUUUACUUAUUUUUUUUCUUUGGGGUUGAAUGAAGAGUGGCAAAGGACAGUGAGGUGGGUGUGGAUGGAUUUGAAAAUAUAGGGUUCUAGGCUUCUGGCUGGUGUGGUUUCUUGAAGAGAAGGCAGUGAGAAAAAUCAGACCUUGAGGGAGAUCUUCUGUGGUUGCGAACCCUCGCUAGUUUCUGGGCUCUUUGAACUGUGGCCUUUGUCUUCUUUCUGCAUAUCCUUUUCUGGGUUGUGACUAGCUGUUGUUGUUUUAUGUGAUAUGUUCUGAAAUCUCUUCCUCCCUUCUCGCUCUGCAAAUUUUCUUUUCUUGUUGGAUUAAAAAAAAAAAAAAAACUUAUUUCUGGGUUUGACACCUAUCUCUAGUUUUGUAGUCUAAAUAUCUCUAGCAAUUUUUUUUUUUUUUUUCAAAAAAAAAAUUAUGAGAUGUAAGGAAAAAUAAUCUUUUUUUUCAAUUUUUUUUGGGAAGGUAAGGUGGGGGAAAAAAAAUCCUGCUGUGGGUUCUUUGUAUUGAGAUUUUUUUUUUGGGGGUUAAAAGUAUUGCAUCUUCCUCCAUUUCUGUUCUCAAAAUCUAUCUGGGGUUCUGGGUUUCCUCUCAUCAUCCUGUAUGCAAAUUUUUCUGGGGUUUCUGGGCUCUAGCAAGAUCUUUAUCCUUUCCUGUUUACCGAAGAGCUUGAACAGAACUUCUCUCUGAUAUUUGGAAAUGGUGAGAGGGAAGAUUCAGAUGAAGCGAAUUGAGAAUGCAACAAGUAGGCAAGUAACCUUUUCAAAACGUCGAAAUGGGUUGUUGAAGAAGGCGUAUGAGCUAUCGGUUCUCUGCGAUGCCCAAGUUGCUCUGAUCAUCUUCUCCCAGAAAGGAAGGCUCUAUGAGUUCUCAAGUUCCGACAUGCAAAAAACAAUCGAAAGAUACCGGAAAUGUGCGAAGGAAGUACAAACUAUGAGUGGGGAAAUGGAACAGUAUAUGCAGCAUUUGAAGAGUGAAACAGCAAACAUGGCUAUGAAGAUUGAGCUCAUUGAAGCUUCUCAACGGAAGCUUUUGGGGCAAGGUUUGGGGUCUUGUUCCACGGAUGAGCUUCAAGAGAUUGACAGCCAGCUGGAGCGAAGCUUACGCAACAUCAGAGCAAGAAAGGCACAAUUAUUCAGAGAGCAGAUAGAGGAACUCAAGGCCAAGGAGAGACUCCUGUGGGAAGAAAAUGCAAGGUUGUCUGAAAAGUGUGGAAUGAGGCCGUCGGGGCAGCGGGUUGAGCACGGGGAAAUAGUAACCUGCAGCCACAGCCAGAGUACUCAGAGUUCAGGUGUGGAGACGGAGUUGUUCAUUGGACUGCCAGAAAGGCGCUGCAGCUAAACCUUUGUGCUGUCCCUAGCCCGCUGUUGGGAGUUCAAGGUUGUAGCCUGGGCAGUGCCUUCCAACUACUCCGCCGUGUGAUUUUCAUUUUGGAGCUCAUCAUCUACUUUAAAUUUCAGCAUCAAAUAAUUGCAGUUGCAAUAGAUUACAGAUGCGAGCCUGUAAUAAUAAAUAAAAUAAAAUGAUGAAGUGUUACUUUUUUAGUAUAUAAUGAUUUUCAUUCCCCCA